AUGGAUAAAAUGACUUGUUAUGAAUCAAAUAUGAGUGCAUUAUCAUUAUUAUAUAGUUGUGAUGAUCAAUCAUCUAAUGAUGACAAUAAUGAUCGAAUAUCUGGUGAUGAUGAUGACGGUUACAAUCAACAAGAACAGCGAUCACUAGGUGAUGAUGCCGAUAUCGAUACAUCGUUUAAUUCUCAACAUAGUGUAAAUGAAAUGAAAGUAAAAGCUGUUGCAAGUGUCUACGAUGAAUUAAAUAUUAUAAGACAAAAAUUACAUGCAGAAAAUGAACGAUUGAAAAAGAAAGCAUUUGAAUUAGACGAAUGGGAAAAACGCGUAAAACUUUGUAUUAAAACAGAAAUUGAUAAACGUUUAUUAGUACAAAAAGAAAAAUAUGAGAAUGAACUGAUUCAAUAUAAAGAACAAUUAACAAAAUUGAUAAAAGAUAACAAACGUUUAAAUGAUACAUUGCAAGUAUUACGUGAAAGUAAUGAACAACUUAAAAAAAAAUUGUAUGAAACAGAAGAGAUUAAUGAAAAAUUAAAAAUACAAAUUAAACAGACAGAAAAAAGAUCAGAAAAUUUAUUAAGAUUAAAUGAUAUAAAUGAACAAAAAGUAAAAGAUUUGGAAAAAGUAUCACUUAACAGUUAUAAUGAAAAAUUAUUGACAAUAAAAAAAUCACAAAAUUUAAACGAAUGUUCGAAAUCUACUGAUACAAAUCAAUCGUGCUGCAGAAAUACAUCGAUUGGAGAAUUUUGUUUAGAGCAUAAUACAUCAUCAAAACAAAUAUCUCCUAUUAACAAUGCUUCAUCAUCAAAAACAUCAUCAAUUGCCUCUGUUGAUUGUUUAAAUUUUUUAUUUAAUUGGUUAUGUGAAAUAACUCAAUUGGCCAUGUCAAAUGAAUGGCCUCUCACAUCAUCUUCAAAUGAAUUAAUUCCAUCUAAUAUAGAAAAAUAUUCAAAACUUUUAUCACUUCUAGCUGAUCAAUCAAAUUAUUAUAUAAAUAAUUCUAAAUUAACAUUAACUUAUUUAAAAUUAACUUACUUAUCAUUAAUUUAUGUUGAAUGUCCAACAAAUACAACUACAAGACAUUUAUAUUCUUGUUCUUAUAGACGAAUAUGUGAACAAAUAUUAAAACCAAAUCAAUUAAAACAUUCAAAAAUAACAGCAACAGAUAAUGAUCAGGGUCAUUCUAAAUCCCCUUGUUUAUUUAAUGAUAAUGAACCGUUAAUUCGUCUCUAUUCUUGUUUAAUUGUUUUAUUAACGUGUAAUAAAAUAAUUGAUUUAAUAUCGUGUUAUAAUCAAAUUCGUUCAGAUAUGAAUGAUGUAUGGUAUAUUGAUUUAUUUGUAUCGAAUCAUGGUCAUAUAGCUCUCUAUAGAUGGUUAAAACCUCCCUCACACCAUCGACGACUUAUAUUUGAUACAAUUGAUUUAUUAUUAUUAUUAUGUACAGAUACAAAAUCAUUAAAAAUAUUUUUAAAACAAUUGAGUAAUGAUACAUGGUUUCAUCUUUUUUCUCAAUUAGCUCAACAAUGUCAAAAUAGUCAUGGAACAACUGCUACAUCUUUUGAUUUAAAAACAAUUGAAAAAUUAGCAAUUUUAUUUGAAAAAUUAUCCGAAUUAGAUGAUAAUAAACGUUAUUUUUUAAAAUAUAAUUUUAUUUAUAUAUUCAAAGAAUGGAAACAAAAAUAUAUUAAUGAUAGUCCAUUUUUAGUAUUAAAUUUAAAAUCAACACUAUUAAAUCUUGAACAAGGAGAUAAAUAA